ACCAAAACAAGGCUAGGCUGAUUAGAUCAACCUGGUCUUUUGGUUGUGAAGUUUGUCAGCCAUGCCUAAGAUUGAGCUAGGAAAUGCCGGUGAUCCCCUACGGUCUGACUGCAUCAAAGCACUAAUAGUCGAGUUCAUUUGCAUGUUCCUCUUUGUUUUCACCGGAGUUGGAGCUUCCAUGGCUGCCGAGCAACUACAAGGGAAUGCCUUAGUUGGCUUAUUUUUCGUGGCCAUGGCACAUGCCUUGGUAGUGGGCGUGAUGGUUGGCGUUGGAUUUCGAAUUUCUGGUGCCCAUUUGAACCCCGCUGUCACCCUUGGCCUCUUGAUGGGUGGUCAUAUCACCAUUAUCCGCUCAUUCCUCUAUUGUAUUGAUCAAUUGUUGGCUUCUGUCGCCGCUUGUGCCAUGCUCACUUACGUCACCGGAGGACUGAUAACUCCGGCACAUACCCUAGCAAGUGGAGUGGGUUGUGGACAAGGAGUACUGAUGGAGUUUAUUUUGACAUUUUCCCUACUUUUCACUGUCUACGCUACUAUUGUGGACCCCAACAAGGGGAAUCUUGAUGGACUGGGCCCACUCCUAACUGGGCUUGUGGUCGGAGCAAACAUCAUGGCUGGUGGCUCAUUCUCUGGGGCCUCUAUGAACCCUGCGAGAUCUUUUGGGCCUUCUUUCGUCAGCGGAAACUGGGCCAAUCACUGGGUAUAUUGGGUUGGACCACUCAUCGGAGGUGGGCUUGCAGGAUAUAUUUAUGACACAUUUUUCAUUGUUAGGACACAUAUUCCUAUUGCAAGUCAGGAAACUUUUUAA